GGCUCGGGGCUGCACAGAAGUCCACCGGCCCAACCCCGUGGGCUCUAUUUAUUUAUUUAUUUUUGGAGCGACGCUGUCCCUAGGUCGCUGAUCCCAAUGCACCGGCUCGUCUUAGUCUCCAUUCUCGUGUGCGCGAACUUUUGCUGCUUUCAGAACACUUUUGCGACUCCGCAGAGCGCAUCCAUCAAAGCUUUGCGCAAUGCCAACCUCAGGAGAGAUGAGAGCAAUCACCUCACAGACUUGUACCGGAGAGAUGAGAACGUUCGGGUGACAGGCAAUGGCCACGUGCAGAGUCCUCGCUUCCCCAACAGCUACCCAAGGAACCUGCUCCUGACAUGGCGACUCCAUUCCCAGGAGAAAACACGGAUACAACUGGCCUUUGACCAUCAAUUUGGACUAGAGGAAGCAGAAAAUGAUAUUUGUAGAUAUGACUUUGUGGAAGUUGAAGAUGUCUCAGAAAGCAGUACCAUUGUCAGAGGAAGGUGGUGUGGCCACAAGGAGAUCCCUCCAAGGAUAACUUCAAGAACAAACCAGAUUAAAAUCACAUUUAAAUCUGAUGACUACUUUGUGGCAAAACCUGGAUUCAAGAUUUAUUAUUCAUCUGUGGAGGAUUUCCAACCUGAAGCAGCCUCAGAGACCAACUGGGAAUCGGUCACAAGCUCUUUCUCUGGGGUGUCCUAUCACUCUCCAUCAGUAACGGACCCCAAUCUCACUGCCGAUGCCCUGGACAAAACUGUUGCUGAAUUUGAUACUGUGGAAGAUCUACUUAAGUACUUCAAUCCAGCAUCUUGGCAAGAUGAUCUAGAGAAUUUGUAUCUGGACACCCCUCAGUAUAGAGGCAGGUCAUACCAUGACCGGAAGUCCAAAGUGGACCUGGACAGGCUCAAUGAUGACGUCAAACGUUACAGUUGCACUCCCAGAAAUCACUCAGUGAAUCUCAGAGAGGAGCUGAAGCUGACCAAUGCAGUCUUCUUCCCACGCUGCCUACUCGUACAGCGCUGUGGUGGCAACUGCGGUUGCGGAACUGUCAACUGGAAGUCCUGCACAUGCAGCUCAGGGAAGACAGUGAAGAAGUAUCAUGAGGUAUUGAAGUUUGAGCCUGGCCAUUUUAAGAGAAGGGGCAAAGCUAAGAAAAUGGCUCUUGUCGAUAUCCAGUUGGAUCAUCAUGAGCGAUGUGACUGUAUCUGCAGCUCAAGACCACCUCGAUAAAACACUAAGCACAUCUGUACAGUGAGCAUGAAAGGACUUUUAGGUUAAGAAAACAUGGUAUGGGACCUUUGUCCCACUCUAAACAGCCAAAAUUGCUUCUAACCUAUAGUGCAGUGAAUACAU